AUGGCGGGCCAACAGCAGCAAAUACUGGACACCAUCUUCAGUAUGAAGAGGAAGAUGUUGCGAAGAGACGACUCCGACACGGAAGAUUCGGAAACAACGUUGAGCAACAAGAAGCAGGAUUUGAGGCGCAAAGUCCAUUAUGCGCGCGCCAGCGACCCCGACUUUCUCACAGAUCCGCAUCCUUACAAAAAGCGCAUUGAGCACGCCGGCUACCAGCGAUCCAUCUUGCAGCGCAACCCUCCACGAUACGAUGCCGAUGGAGACAUUGUCGAGAUUGAAGACGAAUAUGACGACGAAGAUGACGUGGAAACCGUCGAGGAAAAUCCAUACGGAGACAUUCAGCUAGAGAGUCUCCUCGCGCCCUUGACAUCGGCCGCCGAUCUGCCCAAUCACCCAGCCUUGAGUGUAGCAUAUACGUCCAGGCACCUCACGGACCUCGCAAGCGAAGUCGGCGUCCUUUCACGGAAGGAGCAGGUCACAAUCGCGCGGGCAAAGAACCUGAUUGUAAAACUACAAGGCGAUUCUACGUUUGCGCCCGCUGCUUUGGCAGCCAUGGGCAAUGCGCCAAUGCGGGAACCGCGGUCGAGGGAGCCAAACGGACGCGCAGAGAGGGGGCAGCAACAAGCUCCUGAUGCUGAAAUGCAAGACUCUGUAGAAAGCGCUCAAGAUGUGGACAUGGAAGAUGCGGGCCGACUCAAUGGGACUGACCGAUCGACCAACGGCCAUGUCAAUGGAGCACAUGCAGAGGAAGUCGCGCGUAUCACGUCCGACCUGUACCAGGGUCUGCUGCAGGCCGACCGCAUGAGACAGGACGUCUUUAAGUGGUCCAAAGCAGAAGCCCAUGUAGGGGAAAUGAGCGACGGCGAAGACUGGUACGACAAUGAAGAAUGGGGUCUCGAUCAAGACCUGGCUAAGGGUCGGGAUGAAGAAGAGGACGAGACAGCAGUAGCUGGGAAAAAGUCGACAAGACAACGGCUCAUGUCUUCUGCACCCACUGCGCAGAUAGCACCGGACUUUCGAGCUCGACGAGCACACAACGGACGUGCCCAGCAUGCAGUGCAUCACUCCACAAUCCAGACGACGUAG